ACUAAGAUUUUAUUUGCAGCCAAGAUUAUCAUUAACAAGGACAUAACUGUCCUGUCUGCCAAUGCAACUCUUAAUAUGACAUGAAUUCAUAAUUACAUGUUAUUAAAUAUAUCAAUAACAUUAUUCCUAAGCAUUUGUUGUAUCUCACAGAUAUAGUAGUUUCCUCUGUAUUACUUAUUAGAAGUGCAAGCCUGCACAAGUUUCUAGGAUGGCUGGCUUUGGAACAAACUACCAAUCAGGAGGCGGUGGAGGAGAAAUAAAUAGACUGCAAAAAUAUUCACACACAAUUGGCUCCAACAUACAAAAAAUUGCCCAGAAUGUCAAAUCUAUGCAGCAACUUGUGAACCAACUGGGCACUGAACAGGACAGUCCACAACUGCAAGCACAGCUACAUAAGGUCCAGCAGUACACCAAUGGCCUGGCAAAGGACACAACCGCUGAACUGCGCACCUUCAAGAACCUCCCUGCGCCCCCAGGAGAGGAAGGACGGGCCUGGCGCAUGCAGCAGGACCGCCUCACUAAGCAGUUCACACAGACUCUGAAUGAGUUCCAGGCCACUCAACGUCAGGCUGCCAACAAAGAAAAAGAAGCUCUGAGGAAAGCUCGCGCUGACUCUGACUCGCAGUAUUUUGACCGCGGCAGCUCAGCGCUGGUGGACAUCGGUGGUGAGGGCGGCAGCAGCAGCAGCGCAGGCCAGCAGCUGCAGCAUCAGCUCGAACAGGAGGAGGAGCUCAGGGCCAUCAAGGAGCGCGAGUCGCAGAUACGGCAGCUCGAGGCGGACAUAGGAGACGUGAACCAAAUAUUCAAAGACCUGGCGACGAUGGUACACGAGCAAGGCGAAGUCAUCGACAGCAUCGAGGCCAACGUGGAGACCGCGCAAGUGAACGUCUCGCAGGGCAACGUGCAGCUCGCCAGCGCCAGACUCUGCCAGAAUAAGGGCUGUCGGAAGAAGGUCAUCUUGGCCAUCAUCCUGGCCGUGAUCGUGUCCAUCAUCAUCGGACUCAUCGUUUGGUCGUCCAAGAAAUAAUAGUGAAGACUUCGUGACCUCCACUCGCUGCUUUAAUACAUGCCUACUCUAUUUCUCCUAUUCUAUGAAAACUAAAUUUUUAAAUAAUUGUGUCAAGUUGUCUCCCGUCUGUUAUGAUUGUGAAAUUAAAUUCGUUUUUUUAUGAAGGAGCCAAUGCAAAUAUGCUCAGCUUGUGUUUCUGUAGUUUCCUUUCCAAGUUUCCUUGUGUCCUGCAUCCAUUUUUUCCUUUCUUGCAUAUAAUUUGGAAAAAGUUUGGUUGUAGCGAUCUGAUGGUGUAGGUUUUUGAUAACCCGUCCACUAGACGUACAGUGGAUCCUCCUAUACAUAAUCGACUAAACACAACAUUUAGGUAAACGUACCGUAAUUAAUUGAUUCAUUUACGGUGCAUUUUUCAACAGUGUUGCUGGCUGCUACAGCAAACUUAGAUUUUUUAAAACGGUUUAAUUGUGAUGACCGAGGUAGCUCCGUCUGAUCUUCGGUGUAUGUUAUUUGAUUAUCGUCAUGAGUGUUGUGCAAAUCACGAGCUAAUGAAAAGUCAGCGGUUCUGCGACAUGAUUUUUUAAUAAAUAUUCUUGAGAAUCCUAACCUAGAAAAAUGAUUGAGUCAAGACUACAGAAUUUCAAAGUGCAGUCCUCUAUGUCUACAUCUUGAAAUAUUCUUGCUCUUCUGCUGGGGACCAUUCCUUUUUAUUUAUGUGGCUCUAUUUCUGCUUAUUCUUCGUCAGGCGACAUCAGAAUAAUACUUUUUCCUUAGCUAUACCUGAGUUAACUUUCUAUCCGCGAAUAUAUAUUAAAAAUAUAUAUUCUGUGAGAUGAUCCAGCUUGUUUGGUCCGAAAUAAAAUAACCUUAGCAAGUUUUUUUUUUUUUUUUUUUGCUUCUGGCCCAGCCCGUAAUUUUGAUGCGAUUGGAUGACGGUGACUUCUAACUUACUAGUUUUGAGAAGAACGUUACAAACCUCAUUGUAUGUCCCGUUUACUUGUGCCACUGCAUAAAAAUAGUAAAUGAAGCUUCUUUUAAUAAUGUAUGUUGAUAGAAUUUUUGAUGUGUAAAUAAACGAUCUUGGUCAAGUGAAUAAGAUGGCGUUGUGGAUCGAUAACGUUUUGCUUUAUUAUCUUAAAGGCGUUCGCUGAGAUGUACGGUUGAGUACCGCGAAGCUCAUACCCUUUCUCCCUCAUUAAAAGCGAGUAGAGUUUUGUUUCCGAAUUAAUUCUAUUAAGCAUUUCAGGUGUCUCAGGAUCAGUUUUUUGAUUCCCUCUUGUGUACGAACGAAAAUUGGUUAAGAAUAGUAAAAAUAAGUUAUUCGAUUUAUGUUAGAAUUUUUUUUUCUACAUGUUUGUUUCACCUUCUCACCCGAAAAGAAACAAUUCUCGUGUAAAAACGUUCUUCCGGUAUUAAUGUGGAA